GCCGAAUUUUGGAAUUAUGGAAAUGGGAUGAAGUGACGGGACACGAUGGCUUCUUGGACACUUUCAUCACACUAGUUGAUCAAAAUUCUCACAUCCCCAAAAGUUUGGUUUUCCAACAUCUCGAAUGGGCCGAUAACAUACCGGAUAUCGAGCUCAGUUUGUUGUCGCCUGGUUUCGCAUAUCGGACGGCCGUUCAGGUGAGCGAGUCAUUGCACACGUUUCCCAGCCAACGAACGUCGAGAUGCUGUUGAGGCUCGUCCCCAGGGGCACGGUCGGGUUGUUCCCCGGAAUCUCUCCACCAUCAUCUCAACGGGCAUCCCUUGCUUUGAGGGGAACGACGACGACUUACACGCCCAACCUCAAACACCAAGUCCAAUACAGCACUUUCAAAGACAACAGCGGAAAUCCAGUAAAGCCUCUCCCGAGGACAGUCAAAUGUCUCUCGGUCGUCGUAAACCCCGAGGCCUGGGAUGACUAUCUUUCUGGAGGCCCGGGAGAAAUAUACAAGAAGCGAAUGAAUCCACGAAACCCACGUGUCUUCAUCAGCCCCGCUAUACGCCAUUUCUACCAAAGCAUCCUCUCUCAUGGACCAGAGGUUCGAGCGGACUGCCUAGUCAUUCUCGCUUCUUUGCGUUACUUCCAGGAAGUUCAAUGCGCUCAUACCUUUUUGUUCAACACGGUAAAUGAACUGUUUACGCGUACAGAAGUAGGACCCUUGAAGCAUUCCGAGGUACUCAAAGACAAGUUGAACGUCGUCACUGCCGUAGUAGACAAGAUCCCGUUAUGGCAAGUGCCCGGCUAUGCUCCCAACGCCACCCUGGCUUCAGAAGGGUUCAGUAUCCUCUGUGGACAGAGCGAACACCUUUUGCCUGGUCUGUGGGACAACUCAGACUUCUCAUGGAGCAACAUGAGGAAUGAAACCGACCCUCUCUUCCACGAGCGAAUGUACCGCCGUCUUCCAGUUGCUCCCAAGGGAAACGCCAAGGUUGAGAAGCCGAUGCCCUAUUCCUCUGGACCACCUCCCGUCCUCGAGUUUCGCAUCAACCCCCUGCGCGGCGACAACCGGCCUGUACAAGUCACCCUCCCGCUCGCCAACACUAGUUAUGCUACUUCUACCGCAGCCCAACAACGUGGCACGACACCCCACAUAUUGGAGGUCUCGGCUUGGGCGCGGUCACCGGAGAAGCAGAAGCUGCGUCCCAUACACGUGGAGGCAAAUACCCGGACUCAUCUCACCAUUCAAACGACAUCCUUGAAGCAGCCCUGGCUAAGUGAGACUUGGUUCCAGCUCCUUCCCAUCACAUCUCCGCGCAAGAUCGUCAGCGGUUUGGGAAACAUUCUCAAGCAGGUUGAGAUUGACGGCGAGAGCGCCCCGGCUAGCAAGGAGCUCGAGGAUGUGAUCCCGAAGCUGCUUUCCAUGAGAGCCAGCAGCCAGAGACCAGUUGAGAACACGUCGGAUAGCCACGCUGUUAAGGUCUGGGCUCUCAUCAUCCCGGAUGAGGUGUACCAGAAAUAUGCAAGGUUGCAGCCUCUUUUUAAUCUCAGCAUGCAGUUUCCGCCUGUUUUUGAUCUCUCCAAGCAGUCUCCGCCUGUUUUUGAUCUCUCCAUGCAGUUUCCGCCUCCUUUCGAUCUCGAAUCAGCCACUACUGCGGACGAAAAGAGAUUGGCUGGAAGGUGCAGUAAGGCUCUCCAGGGCCUAUUGGUAGCCGGAUGUCAUAUCCGGGAAAUCUUAAGCGGCGGCGGGGGCUGGGGCGCAAAACAAGGUCUCCUCUCUCUCGACCCUCAGGACCGAGACAAUCGCCGCAAAAAGCCCACGAACAGCAGCAAAGACAGCGAGAACAACGAAGCCGAGGAAGACGACGACGACGACAUGGAAGGCCUCGAACGCUUCCUCCGCACCCUCCGCGGCGAGCAAAACGUGGGCGACAUCGCCUCACCCGGUUCCUGGGUCCAAUUCUUCGUCGCGCCCGCCCACCUCGAGCGGCUGCCCUGGGAUCCCGCCAACUCCAGGAGUGUCGUCAAGAACCGUAGGCCGGCAGAGAAGCUGACUUUGGGCAUCGCGGAUGCGGUCGAUGAGUAUGUUCCCACAUGGGACCCAGACUUCACGGAGAACAAGGACAGCGACAGGUACAAGUACCACUGGCGGGAUCCGAACGGCGUGGAGAUCUUCACGAACCAGUUUGGUGCGCUUGCGAAUGGGAGUUUGUGGUUUGAUUUCAAGAAGCCGAGGGAGUUGACGGCGACAAACACAGCGACAGCGACGGAGACAGUGACAACAGAGACAGGGACAGCGACAGGAGCAGAGACUGCGACGGCGACAGCGACAGAGACAACAACAGAGACAACGGAAAACAGCACAACGGACAACAGCACGAAUGAUAUCGGUGUCAACAAACAAGAAGAAGAGGAUCUGUGGAAAGAUUUGGAGGCGGAUUCGGAGAGAAAGAUUACGGUUCCGGAAUUUAAUCUUCGAGCGGACAUUGACAACCCGCUGUAUGUGGAGAAGGUGAAAGAACCUGGUGAGGAGGAUCAGCAACAGCGAUGGCAACAGCCAAAGGAAAAAGUAAAGCUGUCUGGAAUAAUAAGGAAGAUAUAUAGGUGAAAGGGUAUAAGUAACAGCACUCCUACAUACUUAAGGUGCUAAGGUGUAAAGGAAAGAGAUGUGCGAGUUAGGUUAGACAUGAGAUUCUCUAGAUAGUCGCAAGACGAGAGAGAGCAUUACAUACAAUUACAGCCAAAUCGAUGGCCCUCUAGG